GCGUUUUCUACGAAGCCCCAAAAUUCCUUGUUUGCAGCACGACCCAAGGCGCCUACUAGCGUCGUCCGCUACCGCCACCCUUACCACUUGUUUGGGCGUCUGAUGCCAGGUGGCACUACCGUUGCUCUCCAGAGCUUUCGUACCGCCUUUUGAAGCUGCUAAACUUUGCCGCCACCAGAAAGGAGUGAAUCAAAAGCAGAGAAGGCAAACGUUCGGCAUGCUUUUCCGAAUCGUCUGGCACAGUGCUUUCCUGGUAAUAAUUUUUUGUGAAACGUCGUUGUGUGCGUUCACCACCCAUGACAAGGAUCUCAGGCCACUUACUCAAAGGGAGCUGACACGAAUGAUGGCGGAUCUCCUGGCGGUGAAUCCUUCGACCGCAGCAUGUCCAGCGCCAAAAGUGCCUGUGCCUCAGAGCAAGUGUCGUGCUCGUCAGUGUGCUCGACACUCGGAUUGCCAAAGAGUCAGCCAUCUGUGCUGCUUCAACGGAUGCGUGUUCACCUGCCUGGCAAGGGUCACGCCUCCAGCCGUAAUUGACUGGGAGCAAGAAGUGUCUUGGCAGAACACAUCACGCCACAUCACGGAACAUUACCGAGGGCCGUUUUACAACAUCCCUUCAGUGCCCGACGGUAUAGGGAUCAUCUGCAGCACAGCGCCCGUUCGCAGUCCUGGUUUGCCUCUGCAGUGCCCAGAAGGCAUGGUCUGUCUGACAAGAACUGUGGGAGAUCCUCUCAAGGGUGUACCUUCUCUCGGAGAGUGCGUCAAGGAUCUUCGACGUUCAGCACUCACCACUGCUGAUGACGUGACGGACACAUCAAAACUGGAAAGCCGCGGAAGUGAAGCUGUAUUCCUUCCUGGUGGCUGUGUUCUGAGCAAGGAUCAAUACAACAGCAUCAAGGAGUUUAAGCAGAAGUCUUACGUUACAGAAUGCAUGUGUAAGCAAGGCUCAAUGGAGUGCAGUAUCAACCCUCACAAACAUCGCAGCCGACAUAAACAAGGCCAAACGUGACGGCUCCAGGUAUUAACCUGACGACUGUACAGAGAGAAUCAAGUACUUACUACGAGUAUACCUAAGCGGGUCCCAGAUUGGAAGAUCACGUGAAAGAAGUCGGCAGCACUUUUGUUUGUCAGUCCUGCGUCUGCUAGAAUCUUCGGUGUUGUACAAAGUGCCAUUCUUACUAACAGUAUUAUGUGCAGCCGCGGACAGACAUCACCAUAACGUGUAACCGUGUGGCCUGCACAGACACCAGUGCUGCAGUGCGUUGGCCACUGGGUUUGAGGCAAGGUCGCGCAGCAUUCAGGUCAGCUGGUGGAAAGCAUGGUCGUAAAGCAGAGACCGAUCGUAGGUGUGUUAACCGCUGUGUGCGACUCAACCCCUGUCUUGGACACACUCUUGAAUGCAGUCUCAAGCCCAGAGGCCUGCACUUCCACACCGUUGGCAUCCUCAUGAUGCGUUAUGGCUAAGUCUAAAAGCGGCUGUACACCCACCACACACUCAUUUUUCAAUAAAUGCAAUACUACACUGUCA